AUGCACAACAGGCAGCAACAACAACUUUUAGCUGAACAGGAGGGGCUCAAAAAAGAUCUUUAUCAUAAAGUGGGAGGUGAGCUCGUGUUGACGCCGGACAAGUCCACAGUGACUGACCCCAUCACAAGCAUCCUAUGGAAGCAUGGGGAGUGCUGGGUGGCAUAUUGGGACAAGGAUUUUGGUGGUCUGGACAUCUAUGCUGCCUUCAAAGAGCGUACAACCCUGAACCAGACUACUGGAGAACUGAGAAUCAGUGGAUUGAUGACAACAGACAGUGGAGUUUAUUCUGUGGAGUUCAACAGCAAACUGCUUGAGAAGACAUAUAAACUAUCUGUUAUCAAGGCAGUCCCCAAACCCACAAUCACUUCUUCCUGUAACCCAGACAAAACCUCCUGCACUCUGACCUGUGAGGGGGACACCACUGAUGCUGAACCAGUGACCUACAGCUGGAAAGUGGGAGAGGGGGUGUGGGAGGUCGGAGGAGAACAGCUGAUUGUCUCUAAGAGCGUCAGUGGCAAACCAAUCAAUGGUUACAAGUACAUCUGCAAGCUGAAGAACGCUGUUAGUGGUGAAGGGGAAGUCAGUGAGCCAGUUGGAGAGGUGUUUGGUCCAGCGGGGGUUGCGCUAGUGUCCAUCAAAACAGGGGACGAUGACGCAGACAAAUUGCAGGGGAAUGGAGGUGUGUAUGAGACUAAAGCAGAUAGUUUACCCCAUAACAGAUCUGGAAUCAGUGCUUUGGCAGUUACACUGGUGGUCUUCCUGGUGGGUAACUGA